AUGGGCAGUUUAGGGUCAUGGGCGGCACAGGUUCUGCCCAAGUUCCACGAUAACCAGACAGCCUUUGAGUUGUCAAAAAACGAGAUAUCGUGGAUGGUUUCGAUGUCGCCUCCAGGAUACAUGUGUGGCAGUUUGGCUACGCGGUACCUUGCAGACAGUUUCGGCAGACGAGCUUCUUUGUUGGGCAGUGUUGUUCCUGUCGCCUUUGGAACGGGCAUAGCGGCGUUUGCGACAAAGGCGUGGUUAUUGUACUUAACAAGAUUCCUUUGGGGCUUUGCUACAGGCAUGAACGGCAGUAUCAUAGGUCUGUAUCUAGCAGAAAUAGCGGACAAAGACAUACGCGGUUCUACAGCGCUUAUAACAAAGUUUAUGUACAACUUCGGCAUUCUUUUAAUGAUGUGUAUAGGCCCUUCCGUUUCAUAUACAACAUUAAAUUAUAUAUUGUUGGUGUUACCAAUCAGCUAUUUUACUGUCAACUUGUGGAUACCUGAAUCUCCAUAUUAUUGUCUGAUGCAAGGAAAAGUGGAUGCCGCUAAAAAUGUAUUGAAACGUAUAAGAAGUAAGAACGAAAAGAUAGUGGUAGAUCAGUUACUUCAAAUGCAGAUAGACGUAAAAAACGAGAUGCGUCAUUCAAGUACAGCCAAAGAACUGUUCUCUAGCAAAAGAUAUCGGAAAGCAAUAAUAAUUAUAGCAGGCUUAAAACUAACUCAGAUAAUGGCCGGUCAAUUCUUGAUUCAUCAGUACUUGGGAUUGAUAAUUAAGGAAAGUCGUUUUGAGAUGGCAUUACCUACGUUGUUCAUUAUUUUCGGAGUUGUUAGAUUUGUUGCUGGUAUAAUGUCAUCGUUCCUGGUGGAUAGGAUCGAUCGGCGUCCUUUACUCAUUUAUUCUUUCUUGACUUCUGGUAUUUGCAUGAUCGUAAUGGGCAUUUACUUCUUCCUUUUAGAGGUAGUUAAAGUAGACAGUGACGAAAUUACUUCUUACGGUUUCAUCCCGUUUGUAUGUAUUGUUUCUUCUAACGUCGUGUCUACAUUGGGGUUCAAUUCCGUUAUAGGUAUAAUACAAGCUGAAAUAUUUGCGUUAAAUAUUAAAGCUGUAGCUUUAGCGUCGCUAUGUAUAUUUGGAGGAUUAUUGAACUUCAUAGUAACUAGAAGUUAUCAAAUAUUUUUAGAUUUGACAGGAUUAUGUGGUGUAUUUUGGAUAUUGGGUUUGUUUGGAAUUUCUGGGUCCAUAUUUUCACUCUUUGUUGUACCUGAAACGAGAGGAAAAAGUUUAAGGCAGAUACAGAUAACACUGCAAGGCGAUUUGUAUGAAAUUGAUGGUGCGUCUGUACAGUUGAAUAUUCCAGAAGGUAAUAAAUAUGAAGGAGUUAAUGAGUUGAUUAAAAAGGAUCCGUCCUUAUUAUAG